AUUCGAAACAAUACGCAUCAACAGGCAGCUAUUAGGCAGCUAUCAUGAGAGUCUCUCCGAUCAAGAUCCAGGGCUAUGAGACGAUCCGCUUGGAAGAAGCCGACGUUCUCGUCGUUGGCUCGGGUCCGAUCGGCGCGGUGUUUUCUCGCACGCUAGUCGAGAAGGGGCGAAAGGUUCUCAUGAUAGAUGUCGGGAAUCAAGAAACCAAGCGAAUUGGAGACCACAAAAAGAACAGUGUGGCGGUCCAGCGAGACAUCAGUCUCUUCACUAACACUGUCAAAGGAGAACUGAGUCUUCUAUCCGUUCCAACCAACGUAGCCGAUCCAUACGUCGAGCCGAUCUCUUGGGGCAGUUCGACUCCCUUCAUCAAGAAUGGGCAGAAUCCAAACCAGAAGGCCGUGGACAAUCUCCCCGCCGCGGCAGCUACGCGCCUCGUCGGCGGAAUGGGUGGCCACUGGACUUGCUGUACGCCUCGUGAACAUAAGGACAUCGAGCGAUCCGAUCUCUUCUCCGAUGACAAAUGGGACGAUCUUUACAAUCGAGCUGAAAAGCUCUUCUGGACCGACAGGACGCUCUUUGACAAGUCCAUCCGCGGAGGUCUCGUCAAGUCUGUCUUGACGGCAGCCUACGAAAAGGAGGGACGAAAGGUCCUGAGCAUGCCUCUCUCUGGUAGGAGGAGUGCUAAGAACAAGGAAUUCGUCGAAUGGGGGUGCACUGCUACGAUCCUCGGCGACAAGCUCUCCGAUCCUAGCAAGGAGCACGACAAAUUCGAGUUGCGCGCCAACUCUCAGUGCGUCAGACUGAUCGUGAACCAGGCCUCUGGUCAAGUUGAAGCAGCUGAAGUAGAGAACCUUCUUGGGGCCGAGAAAUAUCUCAUCCGAGCCAAGAAGUACAUCAUCUGUGCAGGAGCCGUCUUGACCCCGGGUAUUCUGUGGAACUCGGGGGGUCUUAAGGACACCCUUCCCGCUCUGGGCCGUUACUUGACGGAGCAGCCCAUGGCCUUCUGCCAGGUUGUGCUGAAGAAGACUCACGUGCUAGAUAUUGCCAGUGAUUCACGCGGACUUGGCUGGGAGACUGCAGUCAACGAGCACAAGUCUAAGUUUCCCAACGACCCACUUCCCAUCCCCUUCAACGACCCCGAUCCUCAAGUCUACUUCCCACUGACCGAUAGUUACCGAUGGCACACUCAGAUCCAUCGCGAUGCAUUUGGGUACGGAGAAGUCCCAUCAUCCAUCGAUCAGCGCCUCGUGGUUGAUCUUCGCUGGUUCGGAUAUACCGAGCCUAGCAAGGACAAUUACGUUGACUUUUCGACGGAUGUCAAAGACCAGUUCGGGAUGCCACAGCCAACGUUCCACUAUACGAUCAACGACAGUGAUGCCAAGCGCUGCUCUGAAAUGAUUACUGACAUGGUCGAUGUUGCCAGGAACCUCGGCGGCUUCCUACCCGGCGCCGAGCCCAAGUACCUCGCACCCGGAUCCGCCCUUCACAUCUGCGGCACCUACCGAGCUGGCGAUGAGAAGGAGAGCCUGGAGGAAUCAAAGAAAGAAAGCGUGGUGGAUCGUUUCGGCAGAGUCUGGGGCCAGAAGAACCUGGUCCUCGGCGGCUGCGGUAUCAUUCCUACGCAGAAUGCCUGCAACCCGACGCUGACGGCAGCCGCCUUUGCGCUUGCUGCUGCUGAUCAGAUGAUCAAGGACUUGGACGACCAGAAUGACGAGUAGUGAUCUGGAAUAGUACAUGCUGACAGUAUGGGUGUGGAAAAUUUAGCAGCUGGGG